AUGUUCAUUGGCAAACUUGAGGUGGGCCUGGACAACAGCAGCCCUGAGAAGCAAAUUAUCAGUCUGAAGCAGAACAGUGGCAUCUUCUCCACAGAGGAGCAUUUGGGUUGGAGAAAAGAAGAAAAUCAAGCAGAGGAGAAACCAAAGGAACCAGAGAAACCAAAAAAAGAGGAGAAACCAAAGGAACCGGAGAAACCAAAGGAACAUAAAAGAUUGUUCCCCAACUCAUUUCUUUUCUCCAAGUGGGGUGGUGAUCUCACAGAGGAGGAGCAGAAGGAGGCACAGCAGCUCUUUCAGGAUUAUGGCUACAAUGUGUUCCUCAGUGACAGACUGCCCCUCAACAGGAGCAUACCAGACACUCGAGACCCCAAAUGUGCUACUAAGGUUUAUCCAAAGGAGCUCCCAACAAUCAGUGUGGUUCUGAUCUACAUGGAUGAGGCUCUGUCUGUCAUAAAGAGAGCCAUCCGCAGCAUCAUUGACAGAACACCUCCUCACCUGCUCAAGGACAUCAUACUGGUGGACGACCACAGCACUAAAGAGAAUCUCAAGGGCAAGCUGGAUGAAUAUGUUGAUUUAAUUCAUAAAGAGAAGCCUAAUGUAAUUAAGAGGGUGAUACACAAAGAUCGACAGGGUCUGGCACAAGCACGCGUUUCAGGAUGGGAGGCAGCUACUGGUGAUGUUGUGGCCAUUUUUGAUGCCCACAUUGAGGUGCAUGAUCAAUGGGCAGAGCCACUGCUGGCCAGAAUAAAAGAAGACAGGACAGUGGUGCUGAAUCCAGUGUUUGACAGAGUGACCCCUGACACCCUCGAGGUGGUUAAAUACAAUGCAGCCACCCAUGGUUUUGACUGGCAGCUCUGGUGCUUGUAUGAGUCCUUCAGUCCAGAGUGGUACAAACUUAAUGAUGAGACAGUGCCAGGAAAGAGUCCGUCCAUCAUGGGGAUCAUUGUGGUUGACCGGUUAUUCUUUGGAGAGAUUGGAAAACUGGACAAAGGAAUGGAAGUUUACGGAGGCGAGAACGUAGAGUUCGGAAUACGAGUUUGGCUGUGUGGAGGAAGCAUUGAAGUGGUGCCGUGCUGCAGGCUUGCCCACAUAGAGAGGCUCCAUAAGCCAUACGCACUAGAUCUGAGCACGCCAAUGAGAAGAAAUGCACUAAGGGUGGCUGAAAUCUGGAUGGAUGAUUUUAAAGCUAAUGUUUAUGUUAGCUGGAAUCUCCCCUUAAAGGGUCAUGGAAUUGAUAUAGGGGACAUAACAGAGAGAAAGAAGCUGAGGGAGACACUAAAAUGUAAGCCUUUCAAGUGGUAUUUAGACAAUGUGUAUAAUCUGCUUGAUUCCUGGGAGGACCUAGUCGGCUAUGGCGUCAUGAAGAACAAAGUAACAGACAAAUUCUGCCUUGAUCAGGGACCCGUUCCAGGGAGUGUUCCUAUUAUGUACGAGUGCCAUUACCUUGGCCCUCAGAACUGUUACUACAGGCUGAGUGGGGAGCUCUACAUUGGAGGCAUCAGAUCUCGUAGGUACCAUAAUAAUCGUUGCCUAGUGGAUCCUGGUAAUGGACAAAUACCUGGACUGCAUGACUGUAAAUUCGCCAAGGAGAAAGGGUUCCACAUGUACUGGGACUUUAAACAGGGACAGCCAAUAAGGAACAGAGACACAAACCGAUGUCUUGAGGUUACCCAAGGACAGGAUUCGCAAUACCAGCUUGUCGUUCAGGCAUGUAGUGGGCAAUACUGGAAGAUACAUAAUGUCAUCAAAGACUUUUAACCGGUCCAAGGCCAAAAGAAAUGGAAUGUCUGCUACUGUUUUAACUUAUCAAUGGACUCUGAUUGGAAUCACAGGACUAAUGACUAGUUACUGAUACUGUUUUGUACUUCAUAUAAGGCUGUGCAUCACUUUACAGUCUAAUUCCUGCAGUACACCCAAUGUUAUAAUUCACUGUACAUCACAUGCAGUUACAAAAUGUUCCAUGCAAAUGUUAAAGUUCUCUAUGCAAAUGGAUAGGUACUCUUUGGCUUUUAUAAAUGAACCAAUAUGUUACCAUUUGGUGCUACUAGUAAUGCCUGACUCUGGGUUUUCUGGAGUUGACCCUGACUCUUGUCAAUACAGUUGAAGAAGUCUUCCUGCUUCCUUGCUGUUAGGACGCUUCUCUGCUUAGCUCUGCUAUCUUUCAUUUCUUUUAAGGUGACUAGAUUUCUGAGAUAAAAAAACGGGGACAUUUUCAGGUCGGCGGUCAAUAUAUCCUUAAAAUAUUCAAUGUUUUUGUCUAUGGAAUAAUAUGUUUUUUCAUGAUGGUAACUGUGGCACUGUAAUAAACUAUGGUGAAGGUGGAGUGAUAAAAUUGGGUACUAAGUAACUUUGUAAACCUUGUAUACUGACUACCCACAUUUUCAUACCAGCCCUACUGUCUCUCGCAAAAGAGAGUUUUAUCUCAAUGUGACAUUAAAUCAACAUUAUCCCAAAAGUAUUGUGAAUACACAUCACACUUUAACUGUAGACAUAAAGACUAACAGCCAUAGCUUAUGUGUGGUAGAUGUAAGAGGAAGGUGGGAACACAGUGUCCCCAUAACCGUAGUAACUCACCUUUCUAAAUGUGACUGCCCAGUGUUUAAUGGGCUGGCCUAAUGUCUGUGUACCUGUGCGCAAGACAUAAGAAUUGAUCCUCCAGACACAAGGCUGGUCCCCUGAUGUGAAGGGUUUGGAUUCUGCACCACAAAAAAUUCAGUUGUUGUAUGAGCCCAUAAUUCAUAUUCAUAUAAAACAUUUUGACUGUAAAAAGAGACCAGUGGCUGCAGAAAAAUGUGUGGCUAUAGCUCAAUAUCCAGACCCUAAACACACCCCCAACCCCAAAAUGCACACACAAUCCCUUGGUUACCCUGUAUCUUGAAGACAUUUGUGGUGAUGUUAUCAACUCACUUGAUACUGGCUAGCUUAGAGUUUUACACAGCAGUAUUCUCUAAAAUUAGGUGAGCAAGUGGUAGAAGUGGUCAGUAGACCACUGUUGGCAAAAACGAGCACAGUGCAAGACAUCUGCCUGUCUGCUCUGCUCCCAGGUCUUUUUUAGGACUUUCCGGUGUGCUUUUAAUUCACAGUUAAAAAGGGGGACAUUUCAAUGGACAGGCAACAAAUUACGGGGGCUGUCCCCAAAAAGCAGGGACAUCUGGUCACCCUAACUUCUUUUCUUUAUGUUUCUUAUGUUGUUUUGAGCUAUAGUGUCUGGAGCUGCUAUUGUAAGUACAGCUGGCAUAAAUGAUCAAUGUGUCUACAUUGGUGCUAAACCAAACACUUUGCUACUAAUAGCUUUGUAGUCUCAUCUUCCAUCCUCCACUAGCAAAGCAUGUCCUGCUAAUACUAAUGCUAAAGCUGCUGCUCAGAGACCACAGUACAAAGCCGGAGCAGAACACUGGUCCCAGUCACAUCAUUUACUGAACAGAUUUGAACCACUGCAAGGCCCCAGUAAGUUUCCUAAAGGCACUGAACAUAAUGCAGAAAGAACUGAAAGUGUCAGCCAAUCAGAGUAUUGGAUCAAACACUUGGCUACAUAAAAGCUGCAGGUCAAAUGGACUGAAUUUUAUUGAUAACUUUAACCUGCUUUCUUGGAAGAGAGAAUUUUUUGGCAAGAUGGACUAUACACCAACAAGAGCAGUGACAAAACCCUGGCAGAGAACCUCAUUUUCUCCAUGUUUCUUAUCCAUCCUCACUGGUGUAGACACAUCAGCACUAACACCCAAGGACUCUGUCGUCACUCCAGAGCCACCAACAUCCUCCCCUCACUGAGAAAGCCCUGACGGAGCUGCAUUUAUGGGAUGAGAGCCAUGACAAUGACCAAACUGUACCAGCUUCUGAAGACAGCAAACCCACAUGAGCAUCCAUCUCCACCCCCUACCCCACCGGACUCUCCCAGCAGCCAUGGAGAAGCUUGUAUUAUCUGGGAUGAGGCCGUCACUUUACCUGUCAGCCAGCCCUGAAGCACCUCAAAGAAAGAGACAGGCUCUUCCCUCUCUAUCCCAUCAUCAGCAGUUCCACCCACCUUCCUCCACUGAAAGGGAAGAGGUUACCCAUUCCCUAGAAAUAUGAUCAAUUUAUGUAGACAUUUUACAGGUCUGUGCUGUUAUGGUGAUGAUGUCAGCCAUACAUGUUUUCAAAAUAAGUGCGGACCCUUUGUGCCAGUGAUCUCUCCUAUUCCAGUACUUAUCAGAAACAGAAAAAACAUGUCAGAUAAUUUGAACUUAUCCAGUCUGCAGUAUGUAAAAUAUGAGUCAAAGAGUUUAGAGCAAAGUGCACAGGUAUUAUAUCAAUAUUAGAUCCCUCACAAAGGAGUCUUAUGUGAUGCUUUUCACAAAAACUCGGUAAAAUAAUAUACUGCUGAAACCAUAUUAAUUGAGUCAGGCCCACGAAACUUUAAGUUUAUAAAUGUCUCAUGUGCUGGCAUGAAAGAUGUGGUACAGCUGCUCUACUCGAUGAUUCUUUUUUAAUGCAAACAAUUAUCAUUUGAUGAGUUCACAUCCUUUGAGUAUCUCUGUACUCUGUUCUGAAAGGGGCACCAAGAAUAUUACUAGUAAUUGUUUACAGGCAUCCAAAGUACAAUGCCAAAUUUAUUGAUGUUGUCUUUCAGUUCCACUGAUUUUGAUCAUAUUGCUGUUGCUGGUGAUUUUAACACACAUAUUGACAAUCCCAAAAAGAAUUAUGAUAAGGUACCAUAUUGGACUCUUUUGGUCUCAGCACGUGACUCAUUGUGAAGCCUCUCUUAAAAAAGAAAAAUCUAGAAGCAACUCAAUUAAGUAAUUACAGACCUAUUUCAAAUCUACCUCUUAUUGGAAAAAUCAUUGAGAAAAUCAUCCUUAAACAACUUACUGGUUUUCUGUUCUUAAAUAGCUGUCUAGAUAAAUUUCAGUCAGGAUUUUUGCCUAAUCAAAGUACUGAGACUGCUCUAAUUAAGAAUGACAUCCGUUUAAAUACAGACUCUGUUCUACUGCUACUCAAUCCAUUAAAUUCUCAGAGAUACAAUUAAAUACUGGGUUGGACUCUCAGAAACUAUCCUAAAAUGGUUCAGUUCAUACCUGCAAGACAGAAGCUACUUUGUUGAAAUAGAAAACAAUGUUUCUGAGAGAGUGCCAGUGACCUGUGGUGCCCCCCAGGGUUUGAUUUGUGAGCUGCUCUCACUGUAGGAUAUCUUAACCUACAGCUAUGCAGAUGAUACUCAGAUAUACUUGGCCUUCUUCCUAAACAACUAUGGUCCCAUUGACUCGCUUUGUACGUGCCUUGAGCACAUCACUCACUUAAUGGGACAAAACGUUCUGCAGCUGAAUAAAAAUAAAAUUAUCAUAGAAUUAUUUUAUUUGGGAAUAGCACCAAGAGGCACAGACUAGCUGCCUAAAUGAAAUUGAGGACAUGGAUUUCAGUUUUAGCACUCAUG